GGCGGGGCGGGGGAUACAUUCUGUAGGGAAUCUGCUCGGCCCCACGGAAACUUACGUUUUCAGAACAAAAUCGGCAACUUCGAGCCAAGAAAUCGACUAUGUGAGAAAUACCAAAGGAGUGUGUGACAAGCAGCUGACACAAGACCUCACAACGGUUUGAAGUAUCUACUCAACCUACAGGGUUCCACCCAACCAGACCGACUGGGACAUCCCAUCAUGCCUGUGGUUGUGUUCCCCAGCUCCCAGCUGCUAUGGGUGCGUGUUGCUGCCGUGUUGUUCACCUGUGUUGCAUUCAGCGUUGCGGCACACGGGGCUGCGCUGCCCCUUGGAAGCAUGAAUGACUGGUGCAUCUUCUGCUGGGCUUUAAGCUUCGCCUGCUCCUGUCUGGUUCUGCUGGUGGAGCAGUGCGGCCUCCAGGCCCGAAUCCCCGUCUCCUGGUCCAACUUCCCCAUCACGGUAGCCUGCUAUGCCUGCCUCCUCUGCCUGUCAGCCACUGUCAUCUUCCCAGUGUUUUUCCUAAAGGACCAGCAACUCUACUACGAGGUCCGUGACUAUCGUAUCGUCUCUACAGUCUUCUCCUGCCUGGCAACAGUGGUCUACAUGUGGGAGGUGAGCCUGACCAAAGCCAAGCCAGGAGAGGUGACGGGUUACAUGGCUACGGCUCCCGGUUUGAUGAAAGUGUGCCAAACAUUUGUGGCCUGUGUGAUCUUCAUCCUGGUGAGCAACCCCGUGUCAUACAACCAGCAUCCAGCCUUAAAGUGGUGCAUGGCCGUGUACUGCAUCUGCUUCAUCCUCUCCAUGGCCGUGGUGGUUCUGUGUGUGGGAGAGUGUACCGGCUACCUUCCCAUCCCUUUCUCCAAGUUCCUGUCAGCCUAUGGGCUGCUGGCGGUCCUCAUGUAUCUGUCCGCUACCAUUGUCUGGCCCGUCUUCCAGUUUGGCAAGCAGUACCAGUACCAGAGCAGAGGCAGAGAAUCUAACAAUGUGAUUACCGUAGCCGUGCUCACUGCCCUCAACUUCCUGUUUUACCUUGCUGACUUGGCCUACACUGCCAGAUUGGUGUUUGUCCGUGCUUGAGUAGAGGAAGUGAAGAACCUUUUUGCCUCCUAAUUAGAAAAUUUAAAACAGAAUAAACAAGAAAACCCAUAAAUUCAAAAGUAUGUGUAUACUUCAUGUGUUUGCAUAACCACAAGGCUGCAGUAUUUACCUUUAAUGUGAAAUCAUUUCUGUCUAAAAGUGUUAAAAAAGGGAAACAUAUAAAUGUGUUGUUUUUCCUCAACAGUGUAGCAAAGAGAACAGUUGGGUAACACGCUGGAAACAAGAGAAUACUAUCAUUAAAGAGUUGGGAUUCACCCAACAACCCAACCUGAAAGUCAUGCUUUUUAUUACUUUUAUAUUUAAAUGUGUGUAAUGAUCUUAUUGGAAUAAAUGAAGUGCCCACUGAAA